AUGAAUAAUGAUUUGUGGUAUGGACCACUAGCUCCACAGUACUUGAGUCAAACCACAAUCUACAGUUCUCCCACAGGCAAGAUGCCUGACAGUACAGGAAAUAUUAUGAUUUGGAUUAACAAAACCAGAAAUUCAACUCUACCGCCUCUUAUAAAUGCCAUGGAGAUUUAUGUUCUGAAGGAGCUGUCGCAACAAGAAACAGAUCAAGCAGAUGUUGAUGCUAUAUUGAACAUUAAGAUGGUGUAUGAAGUGAAGAGAAACUGGCAAGGAGAUCCUUGUGCCCCUAUGACUUACGUGUGGGAUGGUCUUCAAUGUAGUUAUGACGAUGCAAAUAGUUCACAUAGAAUUACAUCCUUGAAUUUUUCUUCAAGUGGAUUAGUGGGGGAAAUUUCUCCUUUCAUUGCCAGUUUGACGAUGUUACAAAACUUUGUUGAUGCCAAUGUGAUGGUGAAUCAAAAUUCAUCUUCACCCUCGAAUGAAACUUCAUCAUCUUCAUCACCUGGUUACUGGGAAAGAAAGAGCACGUUGGGGGCUGGGCUCGACGGCGGGUGGGGGUUCUCGGGCUUGGGCUCGACGGCGCAGGGGCUGGGCAGAGGGCUGGGCUCGACGGCGGGUGGGGGUUCUCGGGUCUGGGCUCGACGGCGCAGGGGCUGGGCAGAGGGCUGGGCUCUCCUAUCUCUCCAUGAACACAAACCCAUUUCAGCUCAAGAUCUAUUCCAUUUUCAAAUUAACACAUGCAAUGGAAGGCACUGUGGAGAUACCUUCACUGGUCCUAAUAAGCCCAACAAGCCUUCUAUUUGGACUGCUCAAUACAGAGUUUUCGGAGACCCUCCUUCUCAAAGAGCAGCAGAAGACAUUGCAUACUUGGUUGCCCGGUUUUUCUCCAAGAAUGGAACUUUGAACAACUACUAUAUGUACCAUGGUGGGACUAAUUUUGGUAGAACAAGUGCUGUUUUCACCACAACUAGAUACUAUGAUGAAGCUCCUCUUGAUGAAUAUGGUUUACAAAGGGAGCCUAAGUGGAGUCACCUAAGAGACUUACACAAGGCUUUGAAUCUAUGCAAGAAGGCUUUACUUUGGGGAACUCCUGGAGUCCAAAGGUUGGGCAAGCACACUGAGGUUCGGCUUUAUGAGAAGCAAGGAACAUCCAUCUGUGCUGCUUUUUUAACCAACAACAGCACCAAAGGGGCACACACUGUGAAAUUUAGGGGUGAUAUCUUUUACCUGCCACCAAGGUCCAUAAGCAUUCUUCCUGAUUGCAAGAAUGUGGUCUACAACACUCAAAUUAUUGUAUCACAACAUAAUGCAAGGAACUAUGUCAGAGUGAAAGAAACCAAAAAUCUUAAAUGGAAGAUGUCUCCAGAGCCCAUUCCAAAUGUCCAUCAAAUGAAUAUCAGUAACAAAAUACCAAAUGAGCUCUAUGGCAUGCUUAAAGAUACCACAGACUAUGGAUGGUACACCACCAGCAUUGAACUAAGUCGGCAUGACUUGCCAAUGAGGCCUGAUAUUCUACCUGUUAUAAGAGUUGCAAGUCUUGGCCAUGCACUGCAUUCAUUUGUUAAUGGUGAAUAUAUUGGAUCUGCACAUGGGAGUCAUGAAGAGAAGGGAUUUGUUUUCCAAAAAGCCAUAACCUUAAAGCCCGGGACUAACCAUAUAGCAUUGUUGGGCAUGACAGUUGGACUCCCUGAUAGUGGAGCCUACAUGGAGCACAGAUAUGCAGGGCCCCGAGCUGUCACAAUCCUUGGUUUGAACACUGGAACAAUCGAUCUGACACAAAAUGGUUGGAGGCAUCAGGUUGGUCUGACUGGAGAAAUGAAUCAUGUGUUUGCUGACAAAGGAACAAAGAAGGUUGAGUGGACUCAAGUAAAAGAAGAAGGACCAGCUCUCACUUGGUACAAGGUCUAUAUUGAGACGCAUUUCUUUGGCGUAAUACUAGACAACAUUGACGGUUGAAGUUUUUAGAAUAAAAAAUAUAUUUCACUAACAUUGUAUACAUUUCUUGUUUAAUAUUUGGUGAUAAUAUAAUUUGAUUCUUGUAUAAACUGUCAUGUAAUAUGAUUUUGUAAGCCGGGUAGACUAAAUACUGAAAUGAUAUUUUUGAGUAAUUAAUAAAUUAUUUUGUUGUA